CUGUGAUCGGCUUUUGGUUGUUCGGCAGGAUUCGGUUUCGGCCUUGAUCCGAGUUUGUUGUUCGGUCGGCGGUCCAUCAAGUUCAAUCAAAUUUAUUCUGUUAUUCAAAAAGGCUUAGAAUUUUAUGAUUAACUACGCUGUGAAAUGAAGCUAGACAACACAAGGAAAAUGGCUUACGCUGCGCCGAAAGACAAACAUUACUGUAAGUAUUGUGGAUGGGUGGACUGCGAUUAUGAUGAAAAUGCGCCGGCUGUUCACGAAGUUACAACAAAGCAUAAUUGCAAUAGGAUGCUUUAUGAAUACAAAACAUACAAGGCAGAUUUUAGUAAAAAUCGGGAUGGUAUCAGUAUUUACGCUAGAGGUAUAGCUGUGGAAACCAAAAAUAAUGAGGAGAAGACGUGUGGCAGCAAAGUGAUCCUUCAUGUGAAACCACAAGAAGUGGCGAAAUUUUAUUUUUAUGUCAAGAAUGAAUUGAAAAAGGAAGACAUGUUAAUUCUUGGCAUACAGUUGGCUCACCCGCAACAACAAUUUGUUAUGAAUAAACAUUCAUAUGUUUUCACUGAAGAGCCACGAUUUUUAGCAUCGAAGGCCUCGAUAGAGGAUGAAAUAUCAGUAACUUUUAAAGCAUCUGACAUUGGUCAAUACGAAAUGCCGAUCAUGUUUACAUUCCACUCUAGGAGCGCGAACAGGGAUAUCAUAUUCAUACGGGAAAUGGUGGUGCUCGUUGACGAGUUUCCGGUAAAACACCCGUACACGAAGAACCCGUACACCGACGAGCCACUCAUGAGGGCCGAGAAUUUUCUACCCGCAGUCGAUGCAAACCGUCGGAGAAACUCUCACGACGACGUCCAUAAUGAGCAAACUGUGUUAUCGCUUCGUAGGGAUGAACAUACUUUCCGAAUACCGAAAAUGCUCAAGGUAAUACUACCGAAGGGUUUAGGCGACGACGCAUUGGAUUCACUGCCGAGGAACCUGAGCGAAGAGGUGCGAAAUCAGUUCGCGGAACUUGUCACUAUCACAAGGUCCCUAUUUGAUGAAGGAUUGACCAUCAACAAUUACAUGAAUUAUUUCCAUCAUCUGCUCUGGUGGGAGGAAAUCAUCGCUAAAGUUAAUAUCCGGAAAUACAAUAUGCACGCAGUGACAUUAAAACAAAGGGACAAGGCCUUUUUGCUCGAGGUGCCCGGAUUGGCGGAGAAACGUCCAUCUUUAAUUCGCGGUGACAAAUUAUGUCUCCAACCUCAUGAGAAUCUCAAAGACAUAUUUGAAUGUGUGAUUAAAAAUAUCGAAGAUAAUUACAUCCUGCUUUGGAAUAUGGACGGAAGGUUCCAUAAAUACUACAAUCCGGAAGCGUUGUUCGACGUUCGUUUCAUAAUGUCCCGCAUCCCGCUAGAGAGAUGCCAUCACGCCGUGAAUAGCGUGUUCUCGUCGCAACAACAAUGCCGCGUGUUCCCGGAGCCGAAUGCGGCCGUGAUACCGGUCAGGCCCAUAGCAAAGUUUUACAAUCCGCACAUUAAAAGGAACAAGCAGCAGAAGUCUGCCGUGGAGCAUAUUGUUGCGGGAUCCUCUGGUCUGGCCCCGUACAUCGUGUUUGGCCCGCCAGGCACUGGCAAAACCAUGACAAUUGUGGAGGCUAUCAUACAGCUUGUUGUAAGAAAUGCUAAAAAUCGUAUUCUUGUUUGUACGGAUUCUAAUAUGGCCGCUGAUCACAUUGCCUUGACAUUGUUAAAAUAUAACAGCACGCUGCAAAUUCAGAACUUCUUACUGCGAGCUAACUCACAGAUGCGCGAGUGGACCGUAAUGCCGCGCGAGCUGAUCGAGGUGUCCAACGGCAGUAGCUACGAGACGUUUGUCCCUUUGACAAACAUACAAGUCAGUAAUCAUAGGGUGGUGGUCACCACGCUGUUGCACUCCGCCAAAUAUGCGCACCCUACCAACCCUCGAGUGAAGAAGCUCCGCAUCAGCCACCUGUUCAUCGACGAGGCUGCGCAGGCGUCGGAGCCGGCGGCGCUGAUCCCCAUCGCUGGGCUGCUGGUGGGCACGGGGCAACUCGUGCUGGCCGGCGAUCCUCAGCAGCUGGGACCCGUCUGCAACGCGCGGGAGGCAGGCCGCCGCGGACUCGGCACAUCAUUAUUGGAGCGUCUGUACACCUGCUAUCCGGAACUAUAUGAUGAUAACCCGCAGUACAUAACAACAUUGAUAAACAACUUCCGGUCCCACCCGGAUAUCCUUAACAUACCGAACCAGCUGUUUUACAAAGGCGAAUUGAAGGCGCUGGCGCCACUGGACGCGCUCAGCAACAUCAACGUGCUGGAGGAGGAGGGCGGCGACCGCGCCAUCGUGUUCCACGCCGUCAACUCGCACGAGCAGAGGAUGGGGCACGCGCCCAGCUUCUUCAACGAGAAAGAGUUGGAGAUGAUCAAGCGUUACGUGAAGACGUUGAUCGAAGUGCACGCUGUCGUCCCUCGAGAUAUCGGCAUCAUCGCACCAUACAUCCGACAGGUGUACAAGAUGAAGGCUUGGCUAAAGGACAUGCGUUACGACACCAUUGACGUGGGAACGGUGGAGGCGUUCCAGGGUAAGGAGAAGCGCGUCAUACUCGUGUCCACGGUGCGCGCCAACUGCAGGCUGCUCGACUACGACGCACGAUACAGCCUUGGAUUUUUAGUCGAUGAUAAGAGAUUCAACGUCGCCAUAACCCGAGCCAAGGCAAAACUGAUCAUAAUUGGAAACGCGUCCUGCCUGACCAGAGACAUCAAAUGGCGCAUAUACAUGGCCCAAUGCAAGAAAAUGGGCACUUACCUCGGCGAGAACAACCAGCAGAUGGAGCGCAACUCCGUACUACUGCAAGAGAUCGCUAAGACAAGAUUCGACAAGUGCCGUCUCACCGACGCCCUGAGGGACAACAUUCAGAAACGAAAGGACAAGAAAAAGAACAAGAAAGACGCCGUGGACCUGUAAGACAACUUAUACGCAACAAUUGAAGGCGGCAGUGCCAAUGAAUGAUCGUAGAAUAAGUACGUGUUUGUGUAUCAAGAGCGUAAAUAAUAACAAGGGCUCAGAUUCGGCAACAUCUAGAUAUUAUCAUAUUGGGUAAGUUUUUUACCUAACUAUAGUUUGUUUACAACUUUACACUAAAUUAUGUUAGCAGUCAAAUUGACAAGUCCUCUAUAUACAAUUAUAUUUUUUAAUUGAUAUUAAUGUUAGAUUUCUACUGUUUUUAUCGCAAUAUUAAACUGUUUAGACAAAAAUAGAUAUACACAUUUUUAAUAAUAUUAUUUUUUAAAUAUAUUCCGUCUAUGAUAUACCUAAAACUUGUGUUUAGUUUUUGUUAACAGUUUAUUGCACUAAAGAGUAUUUAUAUUUUGUUUAAAACGAUCAAUCUACAUUUUAUAUGAAAAUCUAUAUUUUGUUAUGACAAUAAAUAUUAUUGUCCUUUUAAAAUGAUUUAUUUUAGCAUUAUUUACCUAGUAAGUCCUUUUACUAUUUACUGUUUCUACAUUUGAGAAAACGAAUGGAACAAUGUACCUUCAUAUUUUUACAAUUAUUACAAUUCAGAGCAAAAUACGAAUAGACAGGUCAUACAACUAAGGACUAACGAAUAGCAGAUAACAUUACACCUUCACUGACAUUAUUAUUUAGUCUGUCUCUUUCUUAUAUUCUGUUAAUUGACACCAAUAUGAUCUAAACAUAUUAUUAUAUUUAAUAUGUAUAUGCAAUAUAAUUAUCGUAUUCUCAAAUAGUUAUUUGUUCAUAAUAUUUUUUUCAGUAUCAGCAAUCUAUAAACACGCACAAUGGCACUUUAGAUUUGAGCAGUGACUGCUUUUGAUUAGUCCACAAACUGUCUAUCUAGUAUGAGUACAAGACAAAAGUCAGCGGGCUUUUAUAGUCACAAUAUGGUUACCACUUUUGUAACAUGCGCGCCUGCUAGACUUUUACCCUUCAAUUAAAGUACAAUGAUAAUAAAUACCUCAUUUAGCCUUCAGUUACCCAACAUGAUAAUAUUGUACCUAAAACUAACUUCGCUUAGAGCGAUAUAUCAAACUUUUGAGUAUUCAAUGUUUUAUAUAAUAAUUUCUCACAUCUGAAUGUCUAUUAUAAGUGUAUUAGAUGAUAAGCGUAGUGUUUUAACUUUUAUCAAAUAUCUUCGUUUAUGUUACAACAUCGCGAGUACCCAGUUUUCUUCUCACACAGUUGAUUGAACAGAAUAUGGCAUGCUUUUAUAUCUUUUCGAAUGAGGAAAGUCCGGGAUGUCAUAGAGUAAACAUUAUACCAGCGCCAAUGUCAGUGUAUCUUGUAAACUUCAGAAAAUGCGUAUUCGCAAUGGUAUGAUAUAGACGAAAAUAUGUCGUUUUUAAACGAUUUUUGAUGUUAGCAGUAGUGUCGGCUUAUCCCUAUUGGGCGUGUGUACUUGGCCAUAGAACUUAAUACUUUGACUGUAGUCAGAAUGAGGCAUUGUUUAAAACCGUCUUAAUGGUGUGUAAUAUAACAUAGUGCUAACGUCCUGUUUUUCGUUUUCAUUCCGUUUCGUUUCAUUUUUGUUUUAUCCUUUUUCUUUAUCUUCUAUUUCUCCAAUUUUGCUUCUUUCUCCUCUCCUUUCCUUUUUCUCUUCUUUCCCACUGUUCUCACUAAUCUCCCUAUUUCCCCCUUUUUAGUCUUACUCUCUUCUUUUCAAUUCCAUUAUUUUCCAUCUUUCUGUCCAUUUUCCUUUUCUCUUUACUCACUUUCCUUUUCUUUACCACAUCUCCUUUUUUUCUUUUCUUUAUCAUUAAUUCAUUUGCUACCUUUUUACAAUUAAUUAUAUUUCUGAAAAAAUUGAUUUAUAGGUACUGUGUAAUAUCAAGACCAUGAACUAGACAUUAAUAUAUCAGCAGCCUUAAAUAAUAUUGACGCAAUAUUACAUGUUUUUUCAUUUAAUACCUUUCGAAAUGCUAUUUAUUAUAUGUAUUUUUGAUUAUAAUCAUAAUAUGUUUAACUCUACUCUCUCUCUCUCCCUCUAUUUAUAUUCUUACUUGAAUUGGGCAAUACUAUUCUCAAAAAGACCAUCCAGGUCAAUAUUGAAUUAAAAAAUAUAUUAACUAGGGAAGUCGAUAUAUUAUUGUGCGGAUUGCAGCCUCCGCUUUCUACAGUCAAAGAAUUGACGAUAAGUUUAAUUAGGUUAAUCACUAUUACAAGGAUAUUGUCACAAUAAGUAAAUAUAGUUUUAGAGACUACGUUCAAAUGACGCGCUGUCAUUUUACAAUGCACUUGCUCUGUUUGUUAACACUCAAGGCAUCGGACCAGCGAUAAAUUCAGAGUUGUAUGUUUUACGUUUCCUUUGUGCUCCCUACUGUGUCAUCUAAUGUGCCAUCCAAUAACAAACUACUGUGAACAUAGAACAUAGAUUUCUGAAUUAUGAACGUUGAAGCUCGCCGUGCAAGUCGCAAUCAGCCGUCAUUUUAGCAAGUCGACGUAAUCACUUAAAUUAGUUAUAAUAAAGUUUACACCCUUGUUAUUAUUUAUGCCUUACUUUAUUAGUAUCAGUGUCUAAGCUCUUUAAACAUGUAAUAUGGGAAUAAUAACGCUUAGAAACCAAGUAGACGUAUUAAUUGAACUGGAAUCAAUAUAGUUUGGAAGCUAUAUUGUUUUCAACUGACAUGCUCAAUAUUUUGAGUGCUUCUGAAUAACAAAUCGUGCUGCUAGAUGAUCGAAAAUCACAGAAUAAUAAAUCUAAAAACGCCACCAAGCCUCGAUCCAGCUUUUGGAGAAAGCUGGUUUUAAUUAGUCUACCCGAAAACACUUAAUCUUCGUGGAUUAAGUGUAUCGCAAUGUGGCGUCUUUUAGUUUUAUUGAUCUGUUUAGAGACAACAAUAAUACCAACAAAACAUCAAGAUACGCCCUCUAAGCAUUAUUAUUCUCAUCUUAUUCACGUAGACGUACUGGGACAUGCUUUUAUUAGUAGCAUUCAAAAUCAAUGUCGUAGUGAAUACACAAUAUUAUCAACAUAUAUAUUAUGAACUUGGACAAAGAUCUAGCAUUUGGUUUUGCGAUAUCAUUUAUUUUAAUAUUGAUUUGCGAUAUCAAACCUUAUUAAUUUGUGGUAUUAAUAUUAUUUUCAUAUUUCUUGAAAUUCAGGGUGAUUAUUUAAUCUGUGAUGUAGGUCGUAUACUAGAAAGACUAUGGUCUUGUAGGUAUUUUGGACUUCUUAUUAACAAUGACGCAUAUCAAAGUCUAUAUUAUAGACCUGAUAAUGAUGUGAUAUUUUAAAUCCAAUUUGUUUUCCUUUUUAACAUUAUAUUUAGCAUUUCGCAUUUGUAUUAUUUAUAAGGUGCUUUAAAAAUGUUAGUAUUUUGCUAUAGAUAGAUGGCUGCAUUUAUUUCUUUUUGAGCGAUUUUAUUUUUAAUGUUAUUUUACCAAAGCUUAUGAAGCGUUAGUUGGACGAAUUUUGAUUGAAUAGAAUUGUACCAUGUUCUAAAAUAAAUAAAUAAAAACAUA